AUGUUGAACAUGUGGAAAGUUGGGUCGAAGAGCAGCAGCCAAGUGCCAUCGGAAAAAUCGUAUAUAUUCCACCCUGUGACCCUUAAAGCGACCAGAGUGCGAGCUUGCAAUCAGUGUAGAGCGAAGAAAUUAAAAUGCACUAAGGAGAGGACAGGUUGUGAGAGAUGCCGAAUGUUCUCAAGGCAAUGCGUCUAUCAAGAUUCACAUACUACGGGAGUACCCCUUAAAAUAGUCUCACCACGCGAGCAGGUAGUCUGUCUAUCAACAUCGUGGGAUGAGUCGGAUAUAUUGGAGGACCGUCAUGAAGCUAACCGUCUGGGUUCGAUAUCGGUAGAUACCGCUCUUUACGUCCCUUUUGAUUCAAGAGAUGAGUACCUCUUAGUCGACACUAUACCGGAGUUGACCCAUACGCCAGGUCUAGAUCAAUACGAGACCUCGGAGUCAAGCAUUAGCAACGUGGAAGGGAUAUAUGAGCCUAGUCUGGACUUGUCCCAGUUGGUAUCACCAGUGUGGCCAUUUGCAGAGCCGGAUAUAUUUGCCUCGACGCUAAAAUUGACUGACCCGGAUGAUAUGGUCAUUGAAUCCUUAAUGCCUCCCAACACUGAGCCAGAGGGCGUGAACUUGAAUGUAGACGUAGGGAUGAAAUCCUUAUGUCAUUUCGAGUUUGCACGAUCUUGCGAGGAAUGGCAAUACGUUACAAACAGGCAAACUGAUCAAACUACACAUCCUUGCUUAUGUCUUCACGCACAUAGAAUCACACUCAUCAUCUUCGAUUUGGAAGACAUCGCUAUAAGGAUUGACAAUCUGGACAGUGCCCUCAACAUCAAUAAAGAGGCCCUUCGUCACGGAAACGAUAUGAUCAAUUGCGAGAUCUGUAUGACUUACUUUGAAAAUAUAACCAUUCUCACGUCUCUAAUAGAGACACUUGGGAAGACAUGCCAAGACAUCUCGGAUGCUUAUCCACAAUUAUCUUCAACAUCGGCUCCCAAGGGUACUGCCCAGCUAGUUGUUCCUGGUUUCAUACUAGGAAGCUAUGCGGCGGAUUCAUUAGAUGAACUUAGAAUACUAGUCCAAGGACUACUGGGUCUGCAGAUCCAAAGUAUUCAUAUUGUGAGUGUUGAAGAGUUUAUUCAAGAGCGCCUCUUCUAA